CUGGCGGUCAGGAGAAGACGGGACGCGGCGCGCCGCGCGCAUUGCUGGCACCGCCGGAGGCACAGCCGACACGGACCAUGACGAGCUGCUCAACAUCUGCCUGGUUGGUGGCCGCGGUGCUGCUUGCAGCACUAGCGCCAUCUCUAGCCGGUGAAUGGUGUGAGAACUUCGAGAACGGGCCGGGGUCGUUCUGGACGCAGCCAUCAUCGCAAGGUGGCAAAUGGGAACACACCGGGUACGCCAGCGAGAACAAACAGGGCCAUGAGGUACCGCGGCCUUCUACCGGAGAGGACGGCAUUCUGUUGCUGAAGCCGCACGCCCACGGCCUCGUGGUUUGGUCUAUGCUGGUGUCUCCGCCAAUGCGCUUCAAGGCGGGGGCCACCAUCGAGCUGGAUUACUGGCUCUGGUUCAACCGCUCCCAGCCGAACACGCCAGUCAGCUUCAUGCUGUUCAGACGUGUGGAGGGGAUCGAGGAUAAGGAGGCUUUCCUCAACAUCUCCUCCUACGCCAAUGUGUACCAGAGUCAUUGGGCGAGUAUAGAGGCUGGCCUGGACCUGAGCAGGGGAAACACAUUCCAGGUCGCCGUCUACGGCUACAUGGCUGGCGACGGGCCGGUCAUGUCGAGCGACAUCGGUCUGGACCGCAUCAUCCUCAGAGGUGUCGACGGAGACAACCCUUGCGGCGGUAACACCACUGUCGCGCCAGCCCCGCCGCCCGCCCCCACUUCACCUAUGCCGCCCAAACCUACCGGAACCCCGAAGUACGAUUUCUUCUGUCCGACCGCGUACGGCCUGUACAUCGAUCCGGACAACUGCCACUUCUUCUACCAGUGCUUUGACUGGAACGCUGAGCACUUCGAAUGCCCAGCGGAUCUUGUCUUCAAUCCGAUCGCCAAAGAUUGCGACUAUCGUAAAAACGUGGUGGGCUGCUGAUGAAGACCGAGCGCUGACCCACGUCUAGAAAUCGUGCUCUUGUUGCGCGGCACCGUUCCCGACCGUUGAUUUAUAACUUUUUAGUUUAACUGUGGUCGCGUGUCUACUGGGUUCUUCCUACAACCCUCGGUAAUUUUAUGGCGCUGACUCCGUUGAGACGUGCGGCUCAACGUGACGCACGGCUCGCAGCCAUGUGUUCACGGCAUGCUGGAGUUGACUAGAAAAUAGCUGACCCGUGUACUACCCGUGUACUGUUGCUCUGGAGUCGGCUUUUGAUCGAGUCACUCAUCUGAUCAAGUGCUCUGCUUAGAGCCGAGCAUGUGUUAGCUGACUCCGAGUCAGCGGCCCGCUGAGUUGGCGCUGAUCUGCUGAGAUUGACGGUCCAGUCCUCCUUGGGUCAAGGGCUGCGGUGAGACUUGCUGGGGGCUGAGUGAGGAACCUUAAUCGUGUGUACUGGUCAGUAUUUCCCACGCGCCAAAUGCCUUCUUGUUCUUACACUUGUCACAUCAGGCAACGUUCGAUUGCAAAGUGGAAAUAUGGACCUUUUAUUUCUUUGGGGAAGGGGAAAAUGCGUCCCUAAUGACUGACCCCUGCCAUACAAAAAUAAAACCGCCUGAAACGAUAUGAAACGAUGGAUCAGAGACAGAGAUGUGUUCCUAUAAGACCGCAAAGUUGCAGUUUUGCUAAGGCAGAUCGUAGUGAAGAAGCAACAACAGCCUGGUUAUGCUAUCCUUACUUUGCCAGAAGACAAUCUUCAAAUCGCUUAAAUUAUCACUUUGGUGCACAUGGGCUUAUGAGAGCAACGCUACGCUAUGCUGACAACGAACGAAAACGGCAACGAAAACAUCUCGCUACUGUUAUCGCCAAUCCAGCUCAUGAUUCCACCGGCAACUGCGGUUAUUUUGCGCUCACAGUC